AUGAUUAUUCUCAUUAAUGUGCUUGAGAGUGUUGGUCUGUCUACAAAGGCUAGUGCUGCACAGCACCACCAACUCAAUGUACUUGGUUCUUUGUGGCUCUUCCAUGGUCAUCCUCAUGAGAGCCAAGGUGUGACUCACCUAAUUUGGAACACUUUUCAACACGACAUUGGUCUGCACAAUAGGGACUAUGGUGCCAUACACACUGAACACGAGUUUGAUGCUUGGCAGCUUGAAGAGAUAAGAAGGCAACCAACCAGAGGGCUGGGCUUUGGCUUGGUGUUUUGGUCCCUCGAACAGAAGAUCCUGGUUCCACCCCCAGUCAAGAGCCUUGGCCAUUGUACAAGUUCUGCUGUAGGAGUAACUCAUUAG